GUUAAUAGAAUAAAUAAAAUGCCUUGCAGGUUGAUUUGCAUACUUGUUUUCCAUCUUGUCGAUUCGGGUCUUUUCUCAUCUCACAUACGACAGGCUAAGUCUUCUACUACUGGCUGAGACUACGUAGAAGAGCUCAAGGUCAGUGAAACUGGCAGGCCUCGCUAACAGAAGAAACGUCUAUUUUGGGAUAGCACUAGAAAAAAAACCUCAGAGGACACCAUGCUGAAGGAACUACACAUGAAAUGUGUGUAAUUUAUUAACAGCAAAGCUUUUGGCAAGACUACAUUGUCUGGAAUGCACUCACUCAACAGGUUCUCCUUCUUUCUCACCAUCUGAGACCAGGUCGACUUACAGAGCGACACGCUCCACAGUGAAUGGGACCAAAAGAACGUGGUGUGAUCCAGUUCAUGUAUUGAAUCUGCUUGAACACCUGCUUUGAUGACGCCAAAAGAUAACGAGGCUAAACCCACCCACUUGAGGUGCAGGACAACUGAUACGAGGGGAAGUCUAUAUAGCCUAAACCCUGACACCUGUUGUUCAAGGGUAUCACAAAUUGGAUCCUUGCAUCGAGGUCUAACCAUUUGAAAGUGAUUAUAUUUGCGUAGGAGCAGACGUCAAUAAUCAUGUCUCAUGGCUGGGGUUACGGACCAUCUGACGGACCUGUCAACUGGUGUAAGGACUUCCCCAUUGCUAAUGGGCCCAGGCAGUCUCCUAUUAAUAUUAUUAGUGGUCAAGCAUCCUACGAUUCUGCCCUGAAGCCCCUCAAACUGCACUAUGACCCAUCCAACUCCACAGACAUUCUGAACAAUGGCCAUUCCUUCCAAGUUGGCUUUGUGGAUGAUACUGACAGUUCAACACUGACCGGAGGCCCCAUCACCGGCACAUACAGGCUGAAGCAGUUCCACUUCCACUGGGGAGCCAGUGAUUACAGGGGCUCUGAGCACACCGUCAAUGGAAUCAAGUUCCCAUGUGAGCUCCAUCUGGUGCACUGGAACACCAAGUACCUCAGCUUUGGUGAAGCAGCUAGCCAUCCCGAUGGUCUUGCUGUAGUUGGAGUGUUUCUGAAUCUUGGUGCUGCAAACCCCAGACUACAAAAGGUUCUGGAUGCUCUGGAGGCCAUCAAAUCAAAGGGGAAGCAAACUACGUUUUCUAACUUUGACGCCGCAACUCUGCUGCCUGACUCACUGGACUAUUGGACAUACAAUGGCUCCCAGACCACUCCCCCUCUGCUGGAGAGUGUCACCUGGAUUGUCCUGAAGGAAUCAAUCAGUGUCAGCCUUACCCAGAUGGGUAAAUUCCGCAGCUUGAAAUUCAGUGGGGACGGAGAGGCACAUUGCUGCAUGCAGGACAACUACAGACCCACUCAGCCUCUCAAGGGACGCAAGGUCCGCCGGUCCUUCAAGUAAACAGCCACGUGUCACCCCAUCCAUCUUCCCCAGGUUAUAUAUACAUCGUGUGCCAUUUUAGCACAUGCAUUGGUGUCAGAAUCUGCUAAUUGUUAAUCCCAUUGACAAAACCAUCAGUAAAUACUACAAAACAGAAAUGUAAACUUAAACCAAUGCAAUUUAAUAACGAGCCAGUGCAGAUGAGAUUUAUGCGCUGGUAUGGAUGGAUAGCAGCUCCUGUAAUCCCUGACGAUCAGCCUCAGGAUCACCCCAGAUUAAUGUAAUUUAGCUGCCUGCCCCUGCAAUAACAGAUGAGUCAGUCAGAGAUAGAGGCCUUUAAUGGUAUAAUACCACAGAGCUUUUUUCUCUUCUCUACUCCCAAUAAGCACAAACAGUUGCUAUGCAAGAGAUGGAAUCUUGAAUGAUGGCUUUACACAAAGCCAGUCACAUGUCAUUAGUAAAGAUUGAAAAAAGUAAGGGGUCGACCGCUGCCCUGAGGAAUUCCUGAUUCCACCUGCAUUAUGUUGGAGAGGCUUCCAUUAACCCUUUGCCACGUACGAUUACAUAUUUGUGAUCAUUGUUGACUGGUCCCUGCAGCAAACCAUCUCAAAUAUGUGAUUGGAACAGUAGUAACAGAACAUAUGAUGGAACAAACUUGUCUAAACAGCAUUGUUUUCUGAAAGCAUCUAAACACUGCUUUGUACUGCUGGGAAAUAAAGGUCUUCACAACUUUA